AUGGAGUACGAUAGCCCGAAAUCGUGGCAAACGGCGUGGAGCGUAGUGGUGGCGUUUCUCGAAGCGGCGCUGGACAAGCAUCGACCUAUUGGCCUCGCAACGCGCUAUAUCCAGAUCGGGAUGGUUUUUGAGGCGGAUGCCGACCUUCAUUGGGAAGACUAUCUACCAGCGCAUUUGAUCCGUUACAUUGCCUCAAGAGACGGGUUCGACGACAUGGUGACGAUCUUCCAGGGUGGGGAGGGAUCUGACGACACCGGAGACAUUUGUUUCUCGGUGGUUGUCGCCCAGAACUACGCCGGCCGCAUGCCCGAACCUCGAGCUGUGCAGAGACGGAUGAAUGGCAAUAAAAUGAAUUCCUGGCAGCAGAAAUGGCCAGCCCGA